AAAAAGAUUGGACUUCUACAAUUAAUCUCAGUCACAGCAACACAAACACUUCUCACAGUUGAGAAAUGAACAAGUCUCGUUCUCCUUUAUUUCUCGCACCUUCUCGCUAUACGAUAUUUUGAGGUUUUCUCCAUGGAACUCAAUCUCACGGUUCUGCAAUUCCUUCUCCUUCUUCUACCGUUGUUUCUUCUUCCUGGAAUCGCUUCCAAUGCGAAUCUUAAUGAAACUUGUGGUUACUUCAAUGGUUCACUCAAUAGAGACACCAAAGCACCAUGCCCAAAUGGUUGGGUUAUGGACCCUAAUAAGACCAAAUGCUUUCUCCAUGUUGGGAGGCCUCAAUCUUGGAAUGACUCAGAGACAUGUUGUAAUAAAUAUGGAGGACAUUUAGCAUCAUUGUCAUCGGUUCUGGAGCAGCAUUUUGCUCAAAGUCUAUGUGGCGAAUCCAUAAAUAGUUGUUGGAUUGGAGGAAGAUUACUCAACAGCACUAUAUCAGGUUUUCAGUGGACUUGGUCGGAUAAUUCUCAAUGGAACAAGUCCAUAUUUCCUUUGGCUAAUGUUCCACUUAAUUGUACUGGAACCGGACGAUCAUGCCUUAGGAACAGUACAGCUAAUUUAUGUGCCGUAAUGACUAAUAAUUCCAAAUCCCUCAUGAGUGAGAGAUGCGAUAAUCCUCACGCUUCUCUAUGUAUACUUGACUUAGAUAUGAAAUGUAAUCAUAUGCACUGCCACAGGGAUUACCUUGUAAUCCUUGCAGUGGUGAGUGGCUUGAUACUCUCAACAACACUAGCAGUUGUUGUCUGGCUUCUUGUAUUUAAGCGAGGCAAAAAGAGAAGACGGUCUAGAAAACUAUCUGAUCCUGCCACUUCACUUCCAUCAUGGAAAGUCUAUACGAAAGAGGAACUAAGGUCAAUUACAAAAAAUUUCAGUGAAGGAAACCGUCUUGCUGGGGAUACCAAGACUGGUGGUACGUACAGUGGGGUCCAACCUGAUGGCUCAAAGGUUGCUGUUAAGAGAAUAAAGAGGUCAAGCUUUCAGAGGAAAAAAGAGUUCAAUUCUGCAAUUGGUAGGGUUGCCAGGCUUCGACAUCCAAAUCUGGUGGCUGUGAUGGGGUGCUGCUAUGAUCACGGUGACCGCUAUAUUGUUUACGAGUUUGUAGCUAAUGGUCCCUUAGAUAAAUGGCUACAUCACAUACCAAGGGGAGGUCGCAGCUUAGAUUGGGCUAUGAGGAUGCAGAUUGCAACUACGCUUGCUCAAGGAAUAGCGUUUCUACAUGACAAAGUUAAGCCACAAGUUGUUCACCGAGAUAUACGAGCUAGUAAUGUGCUGCUGGACGAGGAGUUUGGAGCACAUCUUAUGGGUGUUGGCUUGUCCAAGUUUGUGCCAUAUGAAGUAAUGCAUGAGAGGACUGUGAUGGCAGGUGGAACCUAUGGAUAUCUUGCUCCGGAGUUCGUCUACAGAAACGAGCUUACAACAAAGAGUGAUGUUUAUAGUUUUGGUGUGCUACUACUUGAAAUAGUAAGCGGACGUAGACCAGCACAGGCAGUUGAUUCUGUGGGUUGGCAGAGUAUAUUCGAAUGGGCUACACCUCUUGUUCAAGCUCACCGCUACCCUGAACUCUUGGAUCCUUAUAUAUCAUCCUCGUCUACUAGUAUCAUCCCCGAGACUAGUGCUAUCCAAAAGGUUGUUGACCUCGUUUAUUCAUGCACACAGCAUGUCCCUUCUAUGCGGCCUAGAAUGUCGCAUGUUGUUCAUCAGCUGCAACAGUUUGCCCAGCCACCUGCGAAAUAAAGCUAAUUUAGUUUCUAUGACUAAGGUUUUAAAUUGCGGUAUCAGGUCCUCACAAUCCUCGAUAUUAAAAAAUUAGAAACAAAUUCGGCUGAUACAGCUGCAACUGCGGUUGUAGAGGUCCCAAAAAUAUUAACUUUGCGGCUGCAUACCUUAAUUUAAAACCUUAGUUUGGACUUUUGAGGUUUUGUCUGUAUAACUUAACUUCAUACUUGAGAAAGUUUUUACUUAAAUAGAUUUGCUUAAUUAUUAGGCAGCAGUAGCUUGGAUUAGAGUAGGUAAAUUCUGUGAAACAUACAUGUAUUGUAAUUGUACAAGGUAACUAUUAGUCUUGGUAAAUUUUUUACUAGAA